CCACCAACCUCCUCCUCCUACUCCUCCUCCUCCUCUCCAUUCCACCAGCCUCCGGUCCUGUUAACUUUCGCACGACAAUUCCCCGCUUCCCACGUCCUCAAUCGCUCCCAGAGUCGCUAAUCACUAGACCAUGCGGCGAAUCGUGCCGCCGUCUCCCACGUAAUUGUCGCUUACGUCUGCUAAGGCGGCGCCCGUCUCAGCAAAGCGCGCCCGGCCACAAGCCUUUCAUCAAAGCCACCCCGUCCGCCGUCAGACGUUCACUCUCCGACCGUUGACCGUGGGCCAGCGUCCCCAGAGUCAGACGACAGGAAUGACCACCGCAUCCUCGGUGGACCACAACAAUGGCGCCCUCACGUCGCGCUCACCAGCCCGUCUCCUCCCCUCGCCCAUUCCUCCACCCGAGUCCUCCUCGUCGCUAGCCCUCCAGCGUCCCCUCUCCAGACUCUCCGCCGCGUCGUCGAACAACAACGAGAGGAGCCUGGACGGCCAAUUCGAUGGUGCGGGAGUGAGGAAGUCGCAGUCGUAUUCUAUCUCGUCGAACCCGCACACUCUGGCGUCGUCCAAGGGCAGCCAGGCGGCUGAGAGCAGGGAUAAGCAGCGGCGCGCUGUUCGAACAUUGCCUCCCUGGGUGCAGUCGCCUGACGAAGACGACAAUGCCGACCCUACAGCAUUCCUCCUACCCAGAACGCCCACUUCCACUCGGCCCCCCUCCCACAACCACAUGCCCACACCCAAAGCCAGCGCCGUACCCGGACGCCAAUUCGAUCAUGCAAGAGAAGGGACGCCCGUUACCAUAACAUCUCCCAUCAGCGAGCACGCUUCGCAAUGGCAACAAUUUGCCAAAGCCUCAACCUUCGUCCCCCCGCCAUCCUCGCGCGGGGAGGUCGUAGAUGAUGAUUGGAUUAAAGAGAACCUGCCAGAUCUCGAGCAGCCGUGGAAUCCCGUGGACAAAGAGGAGGUGGAAAAUGAUGAUGGGUUUUGGCUCCUCAGUGCCAGCAGUCGUCGUCGUCGACUAAAACGGAUACACCGGACCGUCAUGAACCACCCCAUGGUCCCUCUCGCGGUUCGCCUUACAGUCCUUACUUUCUCUUGCCUCGCCCUCGGCCUUGCAGGCUCCAUAUUCCACAAAUCCGAUACCCAUGGCUGCAUCAACAACUCAUCAACCUGGUUGGCGCUGAUUGUCGAUGUCGUUGCUAUUCUCUAUACCGCUUACAUCACUUACGACGAAUAUACGUCUAAGCCGCUGGGUCUACGCUCACAUACCGCGAAGAUGAGGCUUAUUUUCCUCGAUCUCUUGUUCAUCGUCUUUGACUCGGCCAAUUUGAGCCUCGCAUUCCAGGCCUUGACGGACGAGCGAUGGGCAUGUCAGGAUAGUGCCAACGAUCAGGUGAAUAGCUGUCCGUUUAGCAGGGAUAUCUGCGCGAGACAAAAAGCGCUGACGGCUACGCUUCUGGUGGCACUCGUGGCAUGGUUGAUGACGUUCGCUAUUAGCACCCUCAGACUGAUUGAGAGAGUUGCCCGAUAAAUAAUCCGUUUUGUACUACUACUGUUGUCUCCAAGAUUCCCUUUUCCAUAUUUUCCUUCGGUUGCUGUCUGCAUAUACACCUGACUUACCUGUCUCAGCAUGGCGUUGCACUUUCCUUUGGUUACACAUUUUGAUAUAUGUGGUUGGAUGUUAUCGGGGCGUUCGGGUAUGAGGCAUGGCUAGCAUUCAUGGAUGCAUACAUGUGCACGCAGAGAUUCCAGCAGCGUUCUUUGGAUUUGAGACUUGGGUGGAUGCUGGCGCCAGCUUUUGACGUGACUUUGUUACUGUACACUGAUACCUCUCUUUGGAUACUGUUAUUAGCUAGCUAGUUUGGGACGGUGGUUGAAAGGGUUGAGUUCGGAUGGGAUAGGGCAGGAUAGCCUGGAGUCGUAGUAACAGGUAAAUAAAUUGUUACUCGCUCGCUGGAAGCGGGAAAUUUUUUUUU